GGAAAUGAUUCUCAAACUUCAUCUUCAAAACAAAUUCAAUUCUCUCUCCAUAAUAGUGAGAAAGGAAUAAGAAUGAGUAGUGGAAAGGGACGUGGUUAUUCAUUGCUGGCUUUUUUCUUCUUCUUCGUUCUCUUCAUCUCCUCGGAGGUGACUGCAGCAAGGAAGCUGAAGAUGCACCAAAACAACGAAAAGGGAAUUGUUUACUUGACUCCGAGAACAGCAAUUCGCAACAAACCAAUCUGCGAUGGUAGCGGUCCUUAUAGCCGUUGCAUCCCUAGAAGUAAGCCACCAAAGGAAAAGUGCAAUCCUUAUGUUAGAGGAUGCAGCUUGCCGUAGACUGAGGACUAUCACCUGUUUUUCAAAAAAUGAAUAAAUGAUUCCGAAAUCACAUGGAUUUAAAUCCUAUUUUAAAGUUUUUGUGUAUUAAUUUAUCCUUUCAAAAAAAGAGUGUAAUCAAUAUAUAUAGUAGUUUAUAUGAUAUGUCACUUUGAAGUUUAGUAUGUUUUAUUGUAUGAUUAUCUCUAUGUACUCAGAAUCAAUUUGGACUUUCCAUAUAUAUAUAUUACCAAACAUUUGGACUA